CCAAAUUUUUUUGAAAUUUUAGCAUUUAAGUUAGGGACUUAUGUGGUAGAAAUUAUUAUUUUGAGCCUAAUCGUAAAAAUUCACUACCCUAAGGGGGUUGAAACUGAAAUUUGGUUAUAAAAGGAGGCUGAGGCUAAUUUUUUUUUUUUUUUCAUCUUUCUCCAGGUCUCUUGUGUGAAUCUCCAGCAGCUCAUUAGAAUUUUCCUCCCAAAGUCUAGCCUGCACCCAAUAGCUUCUUCUCGUUAGAAAUAGAUCUGGGUUGCUACACUCUUCAAUCUGCUAAUCUGUUUGGGUUGCUGUCCAUCACCAUUUUCAGCACUUUUUGGUAAGAAAUCAACCAUAUUACUCGUCUUUUCCUCUAUGAUUUGAAAUGGGUUAACUCUAAUCCUUUAGGGUUUUCAAAUUUUAGAAAUUUUUUGUAGUUGCCCCUUGAUUUUGUCCAUGAUAAAUACCACCAGAAACUAAUUUCCUUUACUUGCCAAAAAUUCAAACUGCAUGACCUUUUUGUAGUAUUUUGCCCAUAACUCUUUUUGUAGUUAUCAGAUUAAGUCAAUUCUUAAUUUUGUAGAAAGCUGAAAGAUAGCCCUACAACUUUUAUGUUGAGCAUUUAACCUAAUUAAGUUGUUUUCAUGGUGAAACACUACUGCAAUUUUGGUCCCUGCAAGUAGACUGCACUGGCGGCCCGACUUUCUGUUAGUAUUUUGGCCAUAACUCUCUCUAUAGAUGUCAGAUUAAGGUAAUUCUUGAGGCUAUAAAAUGCUCAGACAUACAGCUACAAUAUAUCUGUUGACCACUCAACCCAGAUUGGUCAAUUUCUAGACAUGAAUUCUGUUGAAAAUUUCAACACGAAAUCUAACCAGAAUUUGACAAAAAUUUGCUCUCUUUUCUGUUUUAUUCCCACUUUAUCUGCCGCUACAUUACAUCAUAGUUUUAGUAGACUUUUAGUGCUGUUUCUCUACUCUAAAACCCUUUUUUAUUGCUUUUUUUUGGAUGCCCUUUUUUGCUGCUUAGAUGUUGUCCAUUUUUGCCCAAUUCUAGCUUGCGUUCUACCUUGUUUUUGCUGCUAUCUUUUGCCCAGAAAUCCCUACUAUUCAGGUCCUCUUCUAAGCAUUUUGGGACUACUUUAAAUGGCAGAAAACCCCCCACUUUGCUGCCCAAUAUUUCUGCUGUGUCUAGGAUAGCUAAAAGCUCAAUUUCUAACCAUUUUUCCAUCUUAUUUUGUCCAAAAAUCUGUUUGGGAUACUUGCUGUUUGUGUGUCUUUUUGGAGUUGUUUUAAGCCUAUUCUAAGUAUUCAUUGAUGUGGUAUAGGUUCUAAAUCACCUCAAGCACCUUGCCUUCUUGAAUUCCUUGCUUGUUGUAUACCUACAAGGUGAGAUAAAUAAAUUUAUGGUAAAUGCCCUUGGAUUUUAAGGUAAAGGCUUUUAAAAGCAUAUUUUAAACUUUUUUGAGAUGGUGGCGAGAUCUAACCCAAUUUUUAUUAAAUUGAGCAUGCCUACAUGGAGUUUUCUUUUUGUUCUGGAAAUCUAAAAUUGGUUUGUGAAUUUUGAAUUUUAUUGUUAAUUCCACAUGGUUUUGUCUCCGAUAUGGUCAUGAAUUCUGUUAUCUUGUUAGUGGAAGUUAAACACUAGCACAUGUCAACAUGUAUUUCUGUAGAGCCGGUUCAUCCAACCAAUGAGAAAGUACAUUAGCAUUUUCUGCUAUCCAGCCAAUAGGAGAGUACACUGGUAUUUAUGUUAUUAAGCCAGUUGGGAGAAUACACUAGCCAUGACUAAUUGAGGGGACCACUAAAUAGAUUUCAGUAUGCAUAAAUGAUUUAUAAUUGUGAUUUUCUUCUUAUUUGAAAUUAAAAUGUUUACUUGGCA